AGAUCCAGAGGAACUCAGAAGGGAACUACAGCACUAAAUCACCCCCCACAGAUCCAGAGGAACUCAGAAGGGAACUACAGCACUGAAUCACCCCACAGAUCCAGAGGAACUCAGAAGAGAACUACAGCACUGAAUCACCCCACAGAUCCAGAGGAACUCAGAAGAGAACUACAGCACUGAAUCACCCCACAGAUCCAGAGGAACUCAGAAGAGAAUUACUGCACUAAAUCACAGUCUGCACAACUCCAGUCUGACGUGAGUAUGCAGGAGCCGGUGUGUCUCAUCAGUAACGGGGAGGACGGGGGCCUGAGUGUCCAGCAGGAGGCGCUAGAGAUGCUGCAGCAGAUCCAGCAGCCGGUGGUGGUGGUGGCCAUCGUGGGGCUCUACCGCACGGGCAAAUCCUACCUCAUGAACCGGCUCGCUGGGAAACACUCAGGUUUUGCCCUGGGGAACACUAUUGAGUCCAAGACCAAAGGAAUCUGGAUGUGGUGUGUACCUCACCCCUCAAAAAAAGACCAAACCCUGGUGCUGCUGGACACUGAAGGAUUAGGAGAUGUCAAGAAGGGCGACCCAAAGCACGACACCAAGAUCUUUGCUCUGGCCAUCCUGCUGAGCAGCACUCUGGUCUACAACAGCCGAGGCACCAUUGACAACCGAGCCAUCGAGGAGCUGCAAUACGUAACAGAACUCACAGAGUACAUAAAGAUCAAAUCCACUGAGGAGGAGGUGGACGACACCGAGUUUGUGAGGUUCUUCCCGAACUUCAUCUGGACCGUGAGGGACUUCACACUGGAGCAGAAGAUUGAUGGGCAGGAUGUCACAGAUGAUGAGUACCUGGAUUAUGCCCUUCAGCUGAGGAAUGGUUCUUCAAAAACUGUGAUGACGUAUAAUCUUCCAAGGCAGUGCAUCAGGAAUUAUUUUCCAACUCGGAAGUGUUUCACGUUCCCAUUUCCGACUCAUCCGGACAACAUGUCUAAUUUGGAGAGUAUGAAUCCAAAUGAACUUUCACCUACUUUUCUGGAGGUUGCAGAGGAAUUCUACCUGUUUGUCAUUAAAGAGAGCCAGGGGAAACUGCUGAAAGAUGGAUACAAGGUCAACGGGAAAGUUCUGGGUCAUCUCGUACAGCUGUACGUGGACACCAUCUCCAAUGGUGGCAUGCCCUGUCUGGAGAACGCGGUGGUCGUCAUAUCCCAGAUAGAGAACAAGGCAGCGGUGGAGGACGGGGUUGGGGUGUACCGCGGCGGCAUGGAGCAGCUGAAGCAGUCCUUCCCUGUGGAGCUGCCGCUCAUCACCUCUGAACACCAGCGCCUCCACACGGAGGCCCUGCAGGAGUUCAUGAAGCGCCGCUUUAAGGAUGAUCAGGGAGAGUACCUGGAGUCUCUAGAGAAAUCCAUCGAUAGACAUUUUGAGCAAUAUUUACACCACAAUGAGGAGGCUUCAAAGAAGAAAUGCCAGGAUCUUCUGACAAGUCUGUCGGCUGAUAUGACUGAUCGACUCCAGAAUGGAUUUUAUGCUAAACCUGGAGGCUACGAACUCUUCUGCCAGGACAUGGAGAUUAUUGUUGGGGAAUACAACAAACAGACCCUGACAUUAGUGAAGGCUAAAGAAGUCCUGGAGCAGUUCUCAAAGAACAAGCAUACUGAGUCUGAAGCCAUCCGGCAGACUGAUGCCAAGCUGAGUGAGAAGGAGAAGCAGAUCUGUGAGGAGAGAGAGAAAGCUCUUCUCUUGGAGCAGAAGAUGAAGGUGGAAGAGGAGGAGAAGCUGAGGCUGGAAGCAAAGAUGAAAGCCGACCAGGAGAGUUUUGAGGAGAAUAUGAAACAGAUAGCCGAGAGCAAGGAGAGCGAGACGAGGCGUGGUCAAGAGGAGUUCGAGAGGGCUCUGGAGAGCAAGAUGAGGGAGCAGCGAGAGAUGCUGGACAACGGCCACGCUAUGCAGGCGGAGAUGCUGAAGCUGGAGAUCGAAGAGAGCAGGAGGAAGCAUGAGGAGGCUCAAGCUCUUCAGGCCAGGCAGCACGAGCUGAUGCUGGAGAACCUGAGGAAAGAGCGGCAGACCCAGGACCAGAAGCACGACCAGGCCAUGACUCAGAUGAACCUGCAGCAUGAGCAGACCCUCACCGAGAUGAGAAACCAACACGAACAAGUCAUGGCACAGAUUCAGGCCGAGAAAGAAAACCAAGAGACCAUGCAGGCGAUCCGGGAGAACAAUCUGGCGGUAGAAACUCAGAAACUAAUGCAGGAGUUGGAGGAGACCAAGAGGUCGAGUGUGGAGCACCAGGCGGUGCAGGCCCGGGCCGUAGAGGAGAAGCUGGCCAAGCUGAACCUGGAGAAGCAAGAGAUGCAGCAGCAGCACGAGCGGGCCAUGGGCACUCUGAGGCAGCAGUGCGAACAGAUGAAGAGCGUCACGGUCAAGAUGCCAAAGCAGAAAGAGACAUGUAACGUCCAGUGAAAAGUGUCCUGUCAUGACCAGAACUACAGCACUAUGUGAGGGACAACUGCCUGGUGCCCCCAUAUAUGGAAUGAAUGGACUAGGCAGCGGCCAAUAACUAUUAGGACACCUUACUGUAAAUGCUGUUUAUAAAAACAGUAAUAUGGACUUACAAGUUAGUAACAAUUAUAGGCCGAAAUCUAACACACUUUCAUGGCAAAGGGGAAAGGCUGUGACUUUGUUGAAAAUGAGUAAUUUUUGGGAUAAUCAGGACCUCUUUUAUCAUGUGAACAAGUAUCUUUAGUCAAUUUGUUUUUCUUUAUUUUAUUUUAUUUUUUAAACUAAGGGGUUAUCUUAAAAGUAACUUGCAAAAGCUUAAGAGAAACCAUGGUAGUCAUUAUCACUUUGUAAUGCACAGUCACGGUACUUUUCUUUUGUUUUAGGAUGCUAAAGUUAAGCCUUAAGUCAUUAUUAGCCUACAGCCUAAUUUAGCUAGCUAGGCCACUUAGCUUUUUGUAGGGCGCUAAAGUUAAGUUAAGCUACUCUGCCUUUGUUUAGCUGAAUAUCAGAGGGAAUUAACUGUUCGGAGUGAUUAUUUGCACCCGGGUGUAAAUAGUGGAAUGGAGGCAUUUUCUUAUUUGCACCCAAACCUGAAAUGCGUGCAAUCCAACAUAGCGGGACCAUCUUGGCAGGAGAUGGCCUACCUAAAUCUAACAAGUUAGGAUUAUUAAAACUAUAUUUGAGAUGGAAAAGUGGUGCUAAAUUUCCACAAACUUUAUUCAGUGAACGGGUAAAGCCGUCCGUUUGCAAGCAAAAUUAAGAAAUACGAUCUUUUUUAGUUUUGUUUACCGUUACCUAGCAACCCCAACAAGUGAGUGAAUAAUUAGCAUUCUCCCAUUCUGCCUCAAUGGGACAUAGUACAGUGGUUAAGUAAUCGGGUUACCAUGCUCGAAAUAUCGGGUUCAAAUCUCGGUUGAAUGUUUUUUUUUUUGCCUGCCAAAGUACGCACGAUGACUUCUUUUUUCUUAGAUGACGUUACCUCGCGGCAAAUAAGAGUUUGUGCUUUUUGAACCUGUCAAAGAUUGACUGGUUUUAUUUCAGUUAUGAGUACAGUUAGGCUUCACUGUAGUUGUUAGUAGAAAGGUUGUGUUUUGACUUUGAGCCCCCAACGCUGCCUGGAAGGCGCUUAGGCAUGGGUUAAGGUUAGGGUUAAGGUUAGGUUAGGGUUAAGGUUAGGUUAAGGUUAGGGUUAAGGUUAGGGUUAAGGUUAGGAGUAGGAUUAAGUGCUUUUAAGUCAACAGUGGCAGCGCUGCCUGGAAGACAACUCAGAAAACAACUCUUUAAAGUAGCUUGUCUUUGAUGAAGCUACCACAUGACCACUCAUUAGCCUAAUAUUUGUAUAAUCACUUCCAAGUAACCCAGACAUGGCAAAACAGCUAAAAACUGUUCAAAACUAAAUUAGGCCUAUAGCCUACUGUAGAGCUGGUAAAUACACAGGCCUAUUGACAGAGAACAUGGAUGUUAGAAAUCGGGUGUAAAUAGUAUUGUUGAUUAUUACACUAUUUACACCCGGGUGUAAAUAGUAAUGUUGAUUAUUACACUAUUUACACCCGGGUGUAAAUAGUAAUGUUGAUUAUUUGCACCCGGGUGUAAAUAGCAAUGUUCAUUAUUUACACCCGGGUGCAAAUAGUCUCUGCCUUAACUGUUAGCUAGCUAGGCUACUUAGCUUGCAUUUUAGAGAAAUUUCGAUCUGACUUCUGGUUACAAAUGGUCUUCUACUUACUGUAGAUUCUGAUCAGUCAUUAUUGUUAUUGCUUAUUAGUGACAUUAUACUGUACUUCUAGCAAUUUAGAGAAACAUAUUGGGAUCCAGGGGACAGUGCUUUGUUGGUUUCACUAUUAUUUAUGAAAUAAAACUCUAAAACUGUGUAUAUUACAAUUACACAAUCUUUGAAUUUUCUGAAGAUUUGUUUUAAUUUAUUAUUAUUUUAUCUUUGUAAAGAUUAUUGAGAUCAUGUUUCAUGGUGAUACUGCACUUU